AUGUCAAUAUACAGCCAUAUCGCAACCAGCAAGGAGCGCCAUGACCAGAUCCAAGCCGAACUUGCUAGUGUAGAGAGCAGUCCAGAGUCUCUCCAGUCGCAAGAAAGCUACCUGGCCGAGCUCCGGAACGAGCUGACCAAUACCAACAGACAGUUGUCGCAACUACACAAGAUCACCAAAGGGAACCGCGAGCUGCACGAAAAGUACCGCGACAGCACAGUACGCCGCCUGUUCUAUCGAGCGAGGGGCAAGAGGGAGGAAUUCGAGGCCAAAGCCGACCAGGAAAUGCGCGAUUACUACGACGCUCCCGCCAAGGAGAACCGUGCGCAGGCGCAGCGGGAGAUGCUGGAGGCGCAGGUCGUGGACGCGGUCGCUCAAGAGAAGGAACUCCGGCGUGCAUGCACCACAAGGGAACGGUUGCAUGCCGAAUUGGAUGCCAUCUAUAAGCGGAUCUUUGAGGGACGGACGGAAGAGUUCCCCGAGGAGGAUGCGCAAGAGGAGACAACAAAGCAGGCGCGGCGCGAAUAUGGGCAACGGCGCGAACGAUGGAGUGAUCUUCGGCAGGCGACGCAGUGCCUGGCGCGAGCGCAGCUGACACUCCGGGAGGUGCUGCUGAAUCUGGCAGAAACGCUGCGGUACUGUGAGAGGGAUCUGUGGAGUUUUGGAAGCACCCUAGCCGAUUGGCGGCAGCAAGACUGUCUGUCCCGGGCACAACAGAAGGUUACCCAGACGCAAAUGCUAGUCGCACAGGCCAGACGACUGGAUCCCAGAGUGCAGGCUCUGCCGGCCAUGAACAUUGUUCAGCACGACUGGGUUGGUGAGCUGGUCUUUGGCACCUUUCUGUUUCACACCGACUUUUUGGGCAUGAUGCAGCAGUCUGUUCUCGAGGUGAAGCGUGCGGAAGAGGUUCUGGCAGCGCAAGUUAGACAGGCAAAGUCCCGUGAAGAUGAUAUGCAGGCCCAAGUGGAAGAUGCGCGAAUGGCGUUUGAGACCGCACAGCAAGAUCUCCGCCAACUCAGAUAUGAGCUAUUCAUGAAAACUGCGGAUCCUCCACCGCCCUACACCGAGCCGAUGUCUCCGGGGAUCAGUGUCUAG